AUGCUCGACAAAGACCACGUGACCUUCAGCGCCCCUGCAUCUGAGCUGCUGCGGGGGGAUCGCCGGAUGCCGACGGUGGCCACUGUAACGCUUGUCGGAGCUGCUCUCACGACGAUUGUCUUUCUGAUCUUUUCCCCUCUUCUGUGCAAGAGCGAGAAGAACAACGAGAAGAAGAGCGAAACUCACCAAACGGUCGUCAACGCUCACUGGGACAUACAGACAAAGGAUAGUGGCUUGCCAAAUACCUGCUGCAUUGGGUUUCGAUACGCCCAACCGGACACGAUGGCUCCCACUGCCGUUUUGCCUGAGCGCGAUGCCGGUGCGGAAGGUUCUUUCUCGAGCCUCACGACCUCGUUUGACGACACGUUGCGGUUCUUUCUCAAUGGAACGCGGGUCGUGCUCGAUGACAUUGACCCAGAGGUCACACUGCUGGAGUAUCUGCGGGGGAUUGGGUUGACAGGGACGAAACUUGGCUGUGGCGAGGGCGGUUGUGGUGCUUGCACUGUCGUUGUGAGCCAGUUCAACCCGACGACCAAGAAGAUUUACCAUGCUAGCGUCAAUGCGUGUUUGGCACCGCUGGUGAGCGUCGACGGUAAACAUGUGAUCACGGUGGAGGGAAUCGGCAACGUGAAGUCGCCGCAUCCAGUGCAGGAGCGCAUCGCGCGCGGCCACGGCAGCCAGUGCGGCUUUUGUACGCCGGGUAUCGUGAUGAGCCUGUACGCGCUGCUACGCAACAACGACCAACCGACGGAGCGUGACGUGGAGGAGGCGUUUGACGGAAAUCUGUGUCGAUGCACGGGCUACCGGACGAUUCUGGACGCGGCCAACACCUUCACGGUGGAGGCAGGGGCCAAGGCGGCCAAAUCGGCCAAGGCGUCCGUUGGGUGUGGACGUGCCGGCGGCUGCUGCAUGGAAGCCGGAGGGAAAGGCUGCGGCAACGACAACGAUGGUGACGGGACUUCUGCGGGUGUUUCAACUGCUGCCGUCACGGACACGGCUUCUUCGAGCAGCAGCACGACUGACAGCGGGUCUCCCGAGAGAGGGACGAUCUCGGACAGCGCGUCCAGCGUUUCGACACGCUUUACGCCGCCUGGGCUCAUCCCCUACGACCCGGAGACCGAGCUGAUCUUCCCGCCGGCACUGCGACACCACGAGUUUCGACCGCUGGCCUUUGGCAACAAGCGCAAGCGCUGGUUCCGACCGGUGUCGCUGGCACAGCUACAGGAGAUCAAGCGGGCGUUUCCGCAGGCCAAGCUGAUUGGUGGCAGCUCGGAGACGCAGAUCGAGAUCAAGUUCAAGGCACUGCGCUACCCGGUUUCGGUGUACGUGGGCGACGUCGCAGACCUGCGGCAGUUCAGCUUUGCGGACGAGCACGUAGAUGUGGGCGGGGCGGUGACGCUGACGGACCUGGAGCACCUCGCAGCUGAGGCGGUGAAGCGGUACGGCAGCCAGCGCGGGCAGGUGUUUGCGGCGAUGCGCAAGCAGCUGCAGGUGUUUGCCGGGCGCCAGAUCCGCAACGUGGGCACGCCUGCGGGCAAUCUGGUGACGGCAUCGCCGAUCUCGGAUCUGAACCCGGUGCUGAUGGCGGCAGAGGCUGUGAUCCAGGCACACACGGCCAACGGGACGGAGCCGGUGGACAUUCCGAUGGCGGACUUCUUUGUGGGCUACCGGCGGACGGCGCUGCCGAGCGAUGCGGUUCUUGCGUCGAUCCGCAUCCCGUUGACGGCCGAGCGCGAAUACUUCCGGGCGUACAAGCAGGCGAAGCGCAAGGAUGACGACAUUGCGAUUGUGACGGCAGCGAUGCGGAUCCGGCUGGACGAAGAUGGCAUUGUGGAGCAGUGCCGGCUCGUGUACGGCGGCAUGGCACCGACAACGGUGGCGGCUAAGGGGGCCAACGACUAUCUCGUGGGUCGGCGGCUGGCUGAGCUGGGAACGCUGGAGGGCGCAAUGGGAGCAUUGGGGACAGACUUCGACCUCGCCUUCUCGGUGCCGGGCGGAAUGGCAUCGUAUCGGCGGGCGCUGGCGUUGAGUCUGUUUUACCGAUUCUAUCACGAGGUGAUGGAGGAAGAGAAUGAGAGAGAGGGCAAGAUCGAGCGAAGCGAGGUCAAGAAGGAAAAUAUCGAGCAAAGUUCGGAAAAGAAGGAAACGGACAGUUCGGCUUUUACGGAAAUCGAUCGCGACGUGUCGUUUGGAGCGACGGACAACGACGCGGCGGCCGACUACAUUCAGGAGGUGGUGGGCAAGGCGCCGCCGCACGUUGCAGCACUGAAGCAGACAGUGGGUGUGGCACAGUACACAGACGACAUGCCACCGCUGGCAAACGAGCUGCACGGCUGUCUGGUGCUGUCGCAGCGAGCACAUGCACGGGUGGUGUCAGUGGACUACGAGGCCGCGCGGGCUUUGGCAGGCGUGGUGGAGGUGCUUGACCGACACAGCAUGCCGAACGAGGCGGCUAACCACUGGGGACCGCCGCACUUUGACGAAGUCUUCUUUGCAGAGGAUGAAGUGCACACGGUCGGACAGCCGAUCGCGAUGGUGCUGGCGACGACGGCAGCGAAGGCGGCCGAGGCGGCGCGGGCGGUGCGUGUGCAGUACGAGGACCUGCCGGCUGUCUUCUCGAUCGAGGAGGCCAUUGAGCAGAACAGCUUCUUCGAUUUCGCGCGCACGCUGCAACGUGGCGAGGGCGCGAUCGAGGAUGCCUUUGCAGGCUGUGAUCACGUGUUUUUGGGCGAGUCGCGCAUGGGCGGCCAGGAGCACUUUUACCUGGAGACGAACGCGGCGGUGGCGGUGCCGAAGCCAGAGGAUGGCGAGAUGGAACUGUUUUCGAGCACGCAGAACCCAAAUGAAACACAAGUUUUUGCUGCCCGGGUCUGCAACGUCCAAGCUAACAAGAUCAACGUACGGGUCAAGCGGCUCGGCGGCGGGUUCGGCGGCAAGGAGACGCGGGCCCUCCAGCUAAGCUCGAUCGUGGCUCUGGGCGCCCACCUCACGCGGCGACCGGUGCGCUGCAUGCUGACGCGCGACGAGGACAUGGUGACGUCGGGCCAGCGCCACCCCUUCCUGGCGCGCUGGAAGGUGGGCAUCAACAGCGACGGCCGGUUACAGGCGCUGUCGGUAGACCUGUAUAGCAACGGCGGCUGGACCUGGGACCUCUCGGCAGCCGUGUGCGAGCGGGCGAUGACGCACUGCGACAACUGCUACUUUAUCCCACACGUUUCAGUACGUGGCCACAUUUGCCGGACGAACACGAUGAGCAACACGGCAUUCCGCGGCUUCGGCGGGCCGCAGGGUCUAUUCGUGGCCGAGUGCUACAUGUCCGAGGUGGCGGACCGGCUCGGCAUCGCAGUGGAAGAACUGCGAGCCCGCAACAUGUAUGCUGUCGGGCAGCUGACGCCGUUCAACCAGGCGCUGACGACAGACUUUCACGUGCCGCUGAUGUACAAGCGGCUGCGCGCCGAGACGGGCUACGACGAGCGGAUGGCGGCAGCGGCACAGUUCAACGCCGGACAUCGGUGGCGCAAGCGCGGACUGGCUCUGAUUCCGACCAAGUUUGGCAUCUCGUUCACGGCCCUGUGGCUGAAUCAGGCAGGGGCGCUGGUGCACGUGUACCACGACGGGUCGGUGCUGGUGGCCCACGGUGGCACGGAAAUGGGCCAGGGGCUGCACACGAAGAUGACGAUGAUCGCAGCACAGGCGCUGGGCGUAUCGCUCGACACUGUUUUCAUCAGCGAGACGGCAACGAACACGGUGGCGAACGCGUCGGCCACAGCGGCGUCAGCAUCGUCAGACCUCAACGGCUAUGCAGUUCAGAACGCGUGCGAGCAGCUGAACGAGCGGCUGGCGCCAUACCGGAAGAAGCUGGGGGCCUCGGCCGGACUGCGCGAGCUGGCCCAUGCAGCCUAUGCAGACCGGGUCAACCUGUCGGCACAGGGCUUCUACAAGACACCCGAGAUCGGCUACAGCUGGGAGCACAACAGCGGCAAGAUGUACUUUUACUUCACGCAGGGUGUGGCUGCGGCCGAGGUCGAGGUCGACACGCUGACGGGUGCCUGGACCUGUCUGCGUGCCGACGUGCUGAUGGAUGUGGGCCAGUCGAUCAACCCGGCCAUCGACUACGGCCAGAUCCAAGGCGCCUUUGUGCAGGGCAUGGGCCUGUUUACGAUGGAGGAGAGCCUGUGGCUGCGCGGUGGCCCCAACGGUCCCGGACAUCCGUUCACGCGUGGCCCUGGUGCCUACAAGAUCCCCGGAUUCCGCGAUGUGCCCCAGGAGUUCAACGUGCAGCUGCUUCGCGGCGUCGAAUGGGCCGAGCUGCGCACCAUCCAGCGCAGCCGCGGCGUCGGCGAGCCGCCGCUGUUCAUGGGCAGCAGCGUCUUCUUUGCGCUGCGCGACGCCCUCAAGGCAGCGCGCGCCGAGUAUGGCGUCGUGGCCCGCGUGGGCGACAACGACGACGUUGGCGGCCUGCUGCAGCUCGAGAGCCCAGCCACGGCUGAACGCAUCCGGCUGGCGUGCGUGGACCCAAUCAUGCAGCAGGCGCGGGUAGAGGCGAAGGCAGGCGAGAAGGACUUCUUCAUCAAGAUUUAG